CCCAUCACAGGGACAACACCGCAUCGCUCUCUCUCUCUGUUUGUGUUUGUGUGAUCGAAGCUUUUGGCUGCUUCUUCUUCUUCUUCUUCUUCUUCUUCUUCUUCUUCUUCUUCCUUGAUCAGAAAAGCAAGUUUCGAUUCCGAGAGCUCUCCCUGAAACCCAAAAAUGGAGACCCCCAACUCGUCCAUCAGAAGAGUCACGAGGUCGCAAUCUGCCGCCAGUUGCAAGAAUGUCCCCCUGUCCAAGUUGAUUGAAGACUCGGAGCAGAUCCUUUCGAAAUCGAGGCAGGGGAAGAAUGCGAUGCAGCACCAGCAACAAGAAAUCAACAAGUCCUCCGCGCUUCUCGACAUCACCAACAACUCCCCUAUCGUCGGGCUCGCGAUGGGGAGCUUGCAGACUCCGUCGUCUUCGGUUGCCAAGAAGAGAAGCAACUUCAGGAAGGUUAUGACUCCUGGGUCCGGUGAGGCCCUGCUGAGGGGUCAGGUGAAGACCCUACUGCAGAAAGUGGAAGAGAAGGUUGAGCUCUCGAAGAUCCCGCUCGAAACCCGACCCAUCUUUCCUUACCUACAGGGCUUCGUCGACUCUCCUAUGGGGCUACUUCUCGCUCCGACUCCUGCUAAUACACCUCAGGUUUUGAACCUAUCAGAGGAUGAAAGUGCAAAGAAUGGUCUCGACUUGGUAACGAGCUCUCUGAAUCCCAAUCAAGAAUUGAUUUCUCAGGUUGUGAAUGAGACAUUUGACGGGAAGGAGCACGGAGAAGAGAGUCUUGAGUCACAGAAGAGCCUGAUAACCCGGUCCCUGCUACUGGACUUCUCUGACAAGUCAGAAAUCUCUGAUGCAUCGGAGUGCUCCUCGGUGCUGACCCAAGCCGACGGAGACACCCAAGAGCACAACAAGGACAAGUCUCUCACUGAUGAGGACAACUCGUCUGUUUGGUCUAUUCAGGCCAAUGCUAGCACCGAGAAGGAGGACUUCGAUGAAGAAGCAGAAGAGGAGGAGGAGGAAAUCGAAGAAGACGACAACGAAGACUAUUAUGAUGACAAUGAUUUAGAAGAAGAGAAUGGUGGGUCUGUGGAGGAACUAUGCUCGGGAAUUGAGAAGAUAUCGAUAAUGGCAGUCAAGUUCGAAGGGAAACACAAGAGGUUCGUGUACAACAAUGAUGAUGAGAUUGUCGGAGAAGAAGAAGAAGAAGAAGAAGAGAAGGAAGUUAGUGGAACUGGUGAAGGUGUCUCCUCUCCAAGCAUUGUGAAGUUGAAUGGGUUGCCAACUCCCAAAGGAAAGCAUAUGAGGUUUCCAUUGAUGGAAGAGGACAAGGAGGAGGAGGCUGACAGCUACUGAAGGAAAUGGAAUUCAUGUUCUCAGUUCUUCUUCUUGUGUUUUUUUUUUGGGGGAAUUGAUGUUAGUUUUUCAUCGACAAGAUGAAAAUAAUUGCUGAUGGAUGAUGAAGUUGUUGGGCUGAGAAAGGAUUCUUUUUCGAAAUAAUUGUUUGAUUGGCUCAAUUUUAGUUUAGUUGUUCGUUCUAAUUUCCGUAAGGCGCAAAUUUGGAUUA